CGAGGGCCGCGCCGGGGCAGAGCGGCGCGGGCGGGCGGAGGCUCGCGCCGGCCGCAGGAGCUCAGGGUCGCCGCCGCCGCCCGCGGCGCACGUGCGGCUCCUGCCGUGCGCUGAGCUCCCGCCCGCGGCCGCUUUGUUGCCUCCGGGCCGCCGGCACCAUGCACACUCCGGGCUCCGUGGGCCCGGGCGACGCGCAUGCGGUGGACCUCAUGGACAUCUGUGAGUCGAUCCUGGAGAGGAAGCGGCACGAUAGCGAAAGGUCUACGUGCAGCGUCUUGGAGCAGAAUGACAUCGAAGCCGUGGAGGCUCUUGUCUGCAUGAGCGCCUGGGGUCAAAGAUCCCAGAAAGGUGACCUGUUAAAGAUAAGACCCCUCACGCCUGUCUCGGACUCUGGGGAUGUCACUACCGCUGUGCAUGUUGACGCAGCCGCGCCUGAGCUACCAAAGGACUUCGAUUCUUUAUCGACUCUGUGCAUGACUCCUCCUCAGAGCCCUGAUCGUGUGGAGCCAUCGACAGGGACACUUGUUGCUUCCCAAGUAACUGAUUCCAAAGCGUGCAUGGUCACGGCCGUCCCCCCAGCCUCUGCUGAGGCGGCCCAAGUGCCGAGCGGGAAGGCGGAGAGGGGCCUUCCUGGCUUGAAGCCGGAGCCACUGGAGCCAGACCCCGGCCCCUCCUGCAGGCCCGUGGUGACGAGUGUCAUCCGCCACACCGGGGGGAGUCCUGCUCGUGGCCACAUUCCUACUGCCCAGGUUCAAGAACGCCAGCUUCCCGUCAACAGAGAAGGAGAAGCACGGUUUCUGGGACACAUCGAAGCUUUGCCGGGCACACGACUCACGGACAGUCUACUGAACACUGACUCGUUGUCCUGUCAGCCUUGCUUGCGCGAGUCUGGUGGCCUGAUCCCCACGGACAGAGGCCAGCAGGCAGUGUGGCCUGUCGCAGUUCAAACCUGCUCACCAAAGAAUUCUGAGAGUGACUUGCCGAAGAAAGCCACCCCUGUGAUCUCUGUCCCUGUCCCCAGUUCCCCUGUCUUUUGCCAAAUGAUCCCCGUGACCGGACGGAGUGGCACGUUACCGGCUUUUCUGAAGCCUCCUCCCCAGGUGUCUGUGGGGACCGUGAAACCCAUCCUACCCCACGCUGCUCCGGUGCCCCAGCCUGUGUUCGUGGGGCCGCCUGUGCCUCAGGGAGCCGUGAUGCUCGUUCUGCCCCAGGGGCCCCUGCCCCCGCCUGCCGCCGCCUCACCCGGCGGGAUGGCCGUGGGCGGUACGAGGUUCCUGCCCCUGGCCCCUGCUCCAGUGUUCAUCGCCUCCGGUCAGAACUGUGCCCCUCAGGUAGACUUUUCCCGAAGGAGAAAUUAUGUUUGCAACGUCCCAGGCUGCCGGAAAACCUACUUCAAAAGUUCCCACCUCAAGGCCCAUCUCCGCACUCACACAGGAGAGAAGCCUUUUAACUGUAGCUGGGAUGGCUGUGAUAAAAAAUUUGCCCGUUCUGAUGAACUUUCUCGCCACCGCAGAACUCACACCGGGGAGAAGAAGUUUGUGUGCCCCGUGUGUGAUCGGCGUUUCAUGCGCAGUGACCACCUGACGAAGCACGCCCGGCGCCACAUGACCGCCAGGAAGACCCCUGGCUGGCAGGCAGAGGUUGGCAAGCUGAACGGAAUCGCCUCGGCAGAGAAAUGCGGGAGCCCGCUAGUGGGCCUGCCAGCCUCUGCCUGAGAGGUCAGCCAGGGAAUUGCCAGUGCAAAUUUUAAAAAGCAUUUUUCAGGAAUGGAACUGUCCCCCCCCCCCAAAAAAAAUUUUUUUUUCUUGGGGGGGCUAGGAGAAAGUGGGGAGCUGGUUCUGAUGAAAGUAUGUUAACUUUUCCUUUUUCGGUUGGGACCCUGUUCGAUAUCUUUCGUAGUUUCAGAAGUUUUGUUUUGUUUGUUUUGUUUUUUUGAGGAAAUGGAAGAAAAUUUGAUCAUCGGAAUCACCAGCAUUCAAAUAGACAUUUUGGCAAUAAAGUUUACAAAAUCUGGAUUUUUACAGCCUUUCUAUUCGUGUUUUAUAGAAAUGAGACAGGGUACUAAUUUUUAUACUGUUUUUUAUUAAAAUAUUUAUAUUGUUGGUGUUCAGAUCACCACUUUCUAGAUAGGUGAUCUUACAGUCUUCUUUUCAGCGUUCAACGAUGUUUUUCACAAUAACUCUACUUUUAGUCAAUUUGGCACAUUAUUCGGCCACAAAAAGAAAAAAUUACAAGCCUAUAAUCAGGCCCUUUAGAUUUAAGAAUUGUUACGAAUCAGAACUGGUUGAAUAGGGGCUUCUUAAAUGGGCGGGGAAGGGAUUUGCGUUUAACUUUUUCAUAGCAUUUUCGAGGGAAAUUCCAGGCAACCAUUCCUUUAAGGCUGUGGCCCAAGGGAUUGAAAUUUUGAUUAAGUAGAACGAGUCAUUUGUCUAUGUCUGGAGUGUGACUUGUGAAGGACGUGCCCCAGAGAAUAAUUUAAAAUACCUGGUAGGUACCCGGUGAGCGGUGAGCUGCUGUCGGAUCUGAGCGUCUGCGUCUUUGGGGGCCCUCGCUUUACCGAGAGCAAACUACUUAGUUGCCUGUUUGUACCUCAAACGCCAAAAAAAGGUAACGUAAGCGCUCAAACCCAGCCGCGUCGUCAGUCGUCAGUCGACUUCUUUUGCUGUGGCCUUACACGUAGUGUUUUGUGGGUAGAGUGACUCCUUAGAGAAGAAGAAAAUGUCCUUACCGGUUGGAGGAACUUUCCACCGAAGUACAGUUGAUCUGAGCUAAAGUGUACAUGCAAACAGCCCAGCUCCAAUAUUCCGAUUCCUUUAAGAACUCUAGGAAAUGCGAGUUACGCUCUAUGGCACUGGUGCUACCCAGCUUCUCUUUCGUUCGUUUGAUUUGAAGGAAAUUGAUCAGACGAAAUUACUUGGAACGGGGUAUCUUGCAAUCCGCCUAGAAGAUGAGACCCGCGGCAGCACUUUGAAUCCGUGUGAUCUCAAGCCCUAAUGACACAGACACUGUGGCCCUGGUGUCCGGGGAGCCACGGAGAUUGCUCUUGCUGGACGGCGUUGGGAAUCCAGGCAACACGGUGCGUGCAAGGAACGUGUGAACGUGGCACCGCCUUGUGACCCCGGGAACGGGUUUUAUUGUGCCGCAUGUACUUAGGUCUUGCCUUUGCGUCUUUGUUAUAUUGGCGUUUACUUUUAUCAAAAUGAUGGUAAGGUGAAAUAUUAAAUAAAUACAAUUAGGUUUUAUGUUCAGGUCCUUUUAGUAUGAUAACCAUCACCUGGACACCCUGUAAAUUGCCCUUUAGUAUCAACCGCUAAUUGACGUACACGUCUGAGUGCUGGCUGUUACGUGCAGAUGGCCUUCACAUUUUUGUACACUUCGUUGUUGAGUAUUCCUACAGGUCAUGGGACGUAAGACAGGUGCAAGAGAACCAUAAUUAAAUAUUGUAGCUCGUGUUUCCUCACCCUCCCCCCAUCUUUUCUCUUUCUACUUACAUCUUAAAUCAGCAUAAAUAUUUCUGACUCUGUCGCAAAUGGCAUUCAAUUUGCAUAUUUUUCUUAAUUAUGCAAAGUAAUGGAAGUCCUACUGUUGAUACAGGGUGUUUGAGAAUCGGGUUGCUCCUCGCAUUAAACUUCAUUCUCUGAGCAGUGUUGUUUGUAAAGAAUAGAUGUGUUAAAAUGGUUUUGAUUUCUACUUCCAUUUCCUGAUUAGAUUUAGAAAUACCUUCUGUAAACUUUUCCCCCUCUGUUUUGUUCACUGAAAGACUAUAAAUUAGGAGAAUUUCCAUCUGAAAAAGACUAUCCUGAGAACCAGAACCUUGUGUCGUCCCAGCUCGGAGUCCCUCUGCUGGGAGCAGGGCUAGUGCGGCAGCCCCCCUCCUCACCCCCCCCCCCCCCCCCCCCCCGUGCACUUUAUUGCCUGAGCAGUUUGCUUGAUCUUUUUUGACUUUGAGCCUUUUGUAGUUUCAAUAAUAAAAUUUUAAAUGUUUCAGAAUUACGUUUUAUGUAACAGACUUUGACAUUAUUUAAAUGAACAUGUGUGAUGUAACUUUUUUCUUUGAAUCCUAUAAAACUUUUUUGAUUUGCAAAACUGAA